UAUUUACAGGUAGAGCAACUUACAGAAGAACAAAAGAAUGAAUUCCGUGCAGCCUUUGACAUCUUUGUGCAAGAUGCAGAGGAUGGGUGCAUCAGUACAAAGGAAUUGGGCAAGGUAAUGAGAAUGCUCGGACAAAGUCCAACCCCUGAGGAGCUGCAGGAGAUGAUAGAUGAAGUGGAUGAAGAUGGAAGUGGCACUGUAGACUUUGAUGAGUUUCUGGUCAUGAUGGUCCGAUGUAUGAAGGAUGAGAGCAAAGGAAGAUCAGAGGAGGAAUUAGCAGAACUUUUCCGAAUGUUUGACAAGAAUGCUGAUGGUUUCAUAGACCUUGAAGAGUUGAAGGGUAUGUUGGAAGCAACUGGA